CUAGACAUUGUUGUGAAAAGGUAAUUUAGUAUGCCCGCUGGCCCCAGCAGGAGGAAAAGCCUUUCCAGGUCAGCUCCCUCGCCUCCGAAACCAGCGGAACGCAGGUGCACGAGGGUCAGGGGCCGGACGAGCCCGGCCAGGAGUACUGUACGGCAGCAGGGGAGCGGUUUGCAGGGGACACAGGGCCUCCCGGAGGCCGCCGCGAUGCUCCCCUCCUUGCAGGAAUCGCUGGAUGGGGAAGAAAAGGAGCUGGAGAGCAGCGAGGAGGGUGGCUCCGCAGAGGAGCGGAGAGUCGAGCCGCCGCCCAGCAGCCACUACUGUCUCUACAGCUACCGCGGAAGCAGAUUGGCACAGCAGCGAGGAGACAGUGAUGGUGGAAGCCCAAGGGGCACAAAUGCAGAAACUCCCUCUGGUGAUGAUUUCAGCCUCUCCUUGGCUGAUACUAAUCUACCAUUGGAAGUGGAGCCAGAGUUGCGCAGUUUCAUUGCUAAGCGUCUUUCGAAAGGAGCAGUGUUUGAAGGACUGGGUAAUGUUGCAUCUGUGGAGCUGAGAAUUCCAGGUUACCGGGUUGGUUGUUACUACUGCCUUUUCCAACAAGAAAAAGUGCUUCCUGAAACAGCAGCAGUGGACUCUGAACAUAACCCUUCUGAGUACGUGGUCUGUUUUUUAGGAGGGUCUGAAAAAGGACUUGAGCUUUUCAGGCUUGAAUUGGACAAGUACAUCCAAGGGCUGAAAAACAACAUGAGCUGCGAGGAGAGGGGCCUGGAGAACCACAUAAAGUCCUACCUGAGCAACUGGUUUGAGGAUGUUGUGUGCCCAAUCCAGAGGGUGGUUCUUCUCUUUCAGGAGAAGCUUACCUUUUUGCUACAUGCUGCUCUGAGUUAUACUCCUGUUGAGGUUAGAGAAUCAGAUGAAAAAACAAAGAGGGACAUUAACAGGUUUCUGAGUGUGGCCAGUCUCCAAGGCCUUAUUCAUGAAGGCACCAUGACGUCUCUGUGCAUGGCCAUGACGGAGGAGCAGCGUGAGUCGGUGGUCAUUGACUGCAGCAGCUCCCAGCCUCAGCUCUACAAUGCAGGAAGCAACCGAUUUUGUGAGGAUUGGAUGCAGGCUUUUUUGAAUGGUGCUGAAGGAGGUAACCCUUUUCUUUUUCGACAAGUACUGGAGAACUUUAAACUAAAGGCCAUACAAGACACAAAUAACUUGAAGAGAUUUAUCCGACAGGCGGAAAUGAACCAUUACGCUUUGUUUAAAUGUUACAUGUUCCUAAAGAACUGUGGGAGUGGGGAUGUCCUUCUGAAGAUUGUUAAAGUGGAGCACGAAGAGAUGCCUGAAGCCAAAAACGUGGUGGCCGUCCUCGAAGAAUUUAUGGAAGAAGCUCCUGCCCAGAGUUCCUGAUCACGUUUGAGAUAACUGUAUUGUGAAGCUGCGGACUCCAGCGCUGGUGUUUGGCAUUACAAUGGUGGUAAUUUGUCAUAGGAUUGCUAUUUAAGGUGAUUUGAAAUACAUUCUAGAUUUUUUAUGUUGUACUUUUAAAAUUUAGCUUAAUUAGACGUGAAAAUCUGAGGAAUGUCUUGAGUCCAGGUAGAUAUAUGUUAAGAGUUAGGGAAUUUUAGUACAUUGCUGGUCCCAUAAAUUCUAGACUUCAGGGAGCUGUUGCUUAAAAAACUACAGAGGUGAUUUAGUGGCUUCUCUCAGGAGUUUGCUGCAGUAUUUGGCAAUCUUUGCUCUCAGAAAAGUCCUAAUACUUCUUUCUCAAAGUGUACUCCUAAUCCAAGGACAGCUUAGCACCACGCCAUCAUCUCCAAGACUGACCUGCGCAUCCUGGGAGUGCUUGGUAGACUUCCGUCUGACUGAUAACGGCAUAGGUGAUGAAGCCAGCUUUUAAUCAAUAUGCACAUAAAUCGUGAGUGGUAAGAAAACAGAUGAGCUUAACUACAGAUGAGAAAACUACAUGCACUAACUUCAAGAAAAAAUCAGAGAUGAUUUUCCAUCAUCUCUGAUGGAAAGCUACUGGGGAAGUGGCCCCUAUCACUUCUCGUCUCUUCAUUUGUUCACAGGUAUUAGCUAAGAUCCUGUAUUUUCUUUUACAUGAAAAUGGUGGAGUUUGUAAAGAGUGUUGAAAAAGAAAAAACAAAGUACAUACAUUUUACAAGUGAAUAAUAACAUAAAGAACACAUUCUGGUCGUUUAUAUCAGAGUCACUCGUUGCUCUUAGUAGGUUUUGUACUUGGUUUACAAGCCUCACAUUGCGAUGCUCUGAACCUGUCGGAAGUGCCCUCAGCUAGAGGCAUUUCCAGUUCCCAUGAAAGACUACAGCUACACACGGGACUGCUGUCUGCUGCACAGCCUUUAAUAAAUCCAUUUGAUAAUGAUUUUUGUUUAGAAGAUCAGAAGUCUUGUGUUCUCACUGCCCUCAGGAUGCUUGGAGGAACAGGGGUCAUAAAAACCUUCUCCUAAACUCAUAAAUUCACAUUAAGUGCUGAGUUUUAACUUUCAUAAUGACUGGCAGUGGCCUGCUUUGUCUUCUACAGAAGUCGGGGGGCAUGACUCACUAAGCCAUUUCUUUUCCUUUAAUGAGAAAUACAAUUCAGGGUCUUCAUAAAGGCUUUCAUAUGGUUUUAAACUUUAAUAACUUGGAUUGUAGGCAGUGCUGAAAAAAAAAAUCCAAGUAGCAUUAAACUCAGAAUGACUAUGGGAAGUAAACAAUUUUAUGGCACUUCUCUUGAAUACAACUUUUUCUAAUGUACUGGUUGCCCACUUGGAAAUUAAUUUUUUAAAUAACACUUAAGACAUCAACAUUUUGAGUCUGUAAAACAUUUUUCAUUUUCAAAUUCACACGUCAUUCAAGAGUUCAUGUUGUAAAUGGCAUUUAGAAGCAAAUGUAUUAUCUGCUUCAAGUCAUUUAUUAAUAUAGUCAAGGUAUAAUUAUCUGUUCUUUAUGUGUACUUUUAUAUAUAUUAUGUGACGUAGGCACACUACAUACACAGUUGUGUAUAAUACAGUCUUAUGUUAAAAGUCUGUGACAAACUGUAUAUCACUACUGUAGACAAGGAAAAUGGUGACAUGGAAUCGGAUGUCCUGUUGGCCACGAGAAGUU